AUGGAUUACAAUCCAUUUAUGGUCGGCGAAAACGGAUCUCCCGUUAGAUCGCCUCAGCCAGCCGCCAGGCGACAAGAGUCGCCGUGGAGGUCUCGCUAUUCCGAUUACACAUCAACCGAGAAUGAAAUGUCUACCGCUUUCCAAGGUUUUCCUCCAGUUGCAGCUGCUCAGCCCCAGUCGCCAUCUAAAGCGGCAGCAAAAUACUCUCCGCAGCGGAGGAAUAUCUUCGCUCGUGACAGCAACCCAAGCUCCCCAAUUCGCCAAAACCGUUACACUGCCAACAUGCAGGAGUCUCCAAAACGUAAUGGUCGCACGAUCAUUGCAAUUGACGAGCCUUCUGACGACGAUAAUGAAAGUGACAUUUACGAAAGCUACGCCCAUGGAAACUCUCACUCCCCGUCUCGUCAGGUUUCUCAUGAUGCUCAAUCGAAAUACUCUUUUGAAAGUUAUCGCAAGUCGGUUGACGACGGCAGCACAGUUUUCUCUGGCGACACAUUUGAACAAACUCAGUUUCAAGUCAACCACCCGCAGCGCAGUUAUAUCAGACGUGGAAAGUCUGAGGUUAGGAAGCAACCUACUGUCAUGACUAAAAAGAAUAUACUGAAGCUAGACAAUCCAAUUCCAGGGGGACUUUUGGAAAUUUUACCUAGACGUGACUCUCCAGAAUACACCGAAAUGAGAUACACUGCUUGCACGUCCGAGCCUGACAACUAUGUCGACGAGGGUUACUCGCUCAGGUUCGCGGAAAUGAACCGCGAAUGCCAAAUUGCUAUCUGUAUUACAAUGUACAACGAGGAUAAAUUCGCGCUGUCCAGCACUCUGCACUCUGUCAUGAGAAAUAUUACACACAUGUGCAAGCGUAAAAAGUCUCAUGUUUGGGGACCAAACGGAUGGAAGAAAAUACAGGUCAUCAUCGUGAGCGAUGGGAGAAGUAACAUCAACAAGGGCUCUUUGGACUAUUUAAGCGCUCUCGGUAUAUACCAGGAGGAUAUGGCAAAGUCGACGGUGAACGGAGAGCCCGUCAAAGCUCAUAUCUUCGAGCUCACAACGCAGGUAUCAAUUGACGGAGACUUGGAUUACGUGAGCAAGGAUAUCGUACCUGUUCAGGUUGUCUUUUGUCUGAAAGAGGAAAAUCAGAAAAAAAUCAAUUCCCAUCGCUGGCUCUUCAAUGCCUUUUGCCCAAUUUUAGAUCCAACUGUGGUUGUGCUCGUAGAUGUCGGCACGAGAUUGAACGAUACGGCCGUAUAUCACUUAUGGAAGGCUUUUGACAGGGACUCGAAUGUAGCUGGUGCUGCUGGUCAGAUCAAAACAAUGAAGGGAAAGUGGGGGUUGAAGCUCUUGAACCCCCUUGUUGCAUCUCAAAACUUUGAAUACAAGAUUUCAAACAUUCUAGACAAACCCUUAGAAAGUGUGUUCGGUUACAUUUCUGUCCUUCCUGGUGCCUUAUCGGCUUACCGUUACCGGGCUCUCAAAAAUCAUGAAGAUGGUACUGGUCCGCUGAACUCAUACUUUUUGGGUGAAACCCAAGAGGGUCGCCAACACGACGUUUUCACUGCUAACAUGUACCUUGCUGAAGACAGAAUUCUAUGCUGGGAGUUAGUAGCUAAGAGAAAUGCCAAGUGGGUUCUGAAAUAUGUUAAAGAGGCUACUGGAGAAACCGAUGUGCCGGAAGAACCUCCUGAGUUCAUUUCGCAGAGAAGACGUUGGUUAAAUGGAGCUAUGUUUGCUGCCCUAUAUGCACAACUCCACUUCCCCCAGAUUUGGAAAACUAAACACUCCACGACCAGAAAAUUGUUUUUCCAGUUGGAAUUCUUUUAUCAAUUUGUUCAAAUGCUGUUCUCCUGGUUCUCUAUCUCGAACUUCUUUCUGACAUUUUACUUUUUGGCUGGUUCCAUGAACAAACUAAUGAACCACGGAGAUGUUCUUUUCACUUUUUUCAAAUACCUGGUCAUCUGUGAUCUUGCCGCCCUCUUUAUCAUCUCGAUGGGUAAUAGGCCUCAGGGCGCCAAUCAUCUUUUCAUCAUUUCAAUGGUGAUUCUUUCAAUUUGCUCUACUUAUGCAUUGAUCUGUGGGCUCGUCUUUUCCUUCAAAACUUUACAAGAUCCAUCCGAAAGCAGCAUGGUAUUUUUCAACAUUGUUGUAUCUCUGCUGUCAACUUAUGGACUCUAUGCAUUCACCUCAAUCAUUUACCUCGAUCCCUGGCAUUUAAUCACAUCAUCCGUUCAAUAUCUGCUGAUGCUCCCAUCUUUCAUUUGCACAUUGCAGAUUUUUGCCUUCUGCAACACCCAUGACGUUUCUUGGGGUACUAAGGGCUCUACUCAAGAUACAAAACCCAAAUCUGAGGCCACGGUUAAACAAGGACCUAAUGGUCAGCAAAUCGUGGAAGGAACGGAAUGGCCGCAAGAAGUGGACAAGAAGUUCGCUGAAAUCAAAAAUAGGUUGAAAGAGCAAGAAAUAAUCGAACCCAAAAUUGACGAGGUUCAACGCAACAACGACUAUUACCGGGACAUUAGGACGCGUAUCGUAAUGAUCUGGAUGCUCUCGAAUUUAAUCAUGAUGAUGGUGGUGACUCAGGUUUACGGACCUGAAGACACUGCCAAGAAUAAGUACCUGAUAUUCAUUCUUUGGUCCGUGGCGGUUUUGGCUUUAUUUAGAGCUAUCGGGUCGAUCUCAUUUUUGUUGAUCAAGUACCUGCGCAUGAUAGUGAGCUUCAAGCAUAAAGCAGAGGAUAGCGGAUCACUGAAUAUACCAAGCGCCAAGAAUUUAUUCAAGAAGGAAACUAAGGUGUAG